AUUCUCCGCGUCUCAGUCCGCUGAAAGCUCGGUUUCACCGGAGUGCUUCAAACUGUCUCUGCCUUUGUCUCUGACAACGCCGCGUCACUUUGAUGGGUUAUUCGAUAUCAGGGCGGGAAAAUGCCUGUCAUGAAGGGAUUGCUCGCGCCACAGAACACAUUUUUGGAUACUAUAGCGACGCGUUUUGACGGCACACACAGCAACUUCAUCCUGGCCAAUGCACAAGUGUCCAAAGGCUUCCCGAUCGUGUACUGCUCGGAUGGAUUCUGUGAGCUUACUGGAUUUGCCCGAACCGAGGUCAUGCAGCAGAGCUGCUCAUGCAAAUUUCUGUAUGGGCCAGAGACUAGCGAGCACAUCAUUCUUCACGUGGACUCUGCAUUCGAGGAACGUAGCGAGUUCAAGGAGGAGAUAAUGUUCUACAAAAAGAUUGGUAGUGUGUUCUGGUGUCUGCUGGAUAUUGUGCCUAUCAAGAAUGAGAAAGGAGAUGUGGUCCUCUUCCUCGCUUCUUUUAAAGACGUUACUGACACUAAAGCCAAAUCUGUACUUGAGGAGAAGAAAGAAGAGUGCCGCCGUGAGAAGGUGAAGGCCGGGUCUCCUCCGUUCGGCUCCACACGGCUGCGAUCUAGCACAGUUCUCUACCAUAUUUCAGGACACCUGCAUAACCGUCAAAAACAAAAUAAAAUCAAACUUAACAAGAAUGUUUUUGGUGAUCCACCCGCUCUUCCUGAAUAUAAAGUCGCUGAUGCCAAGAAGUCCAAGUUCAUUCUUCUUCACUUCAGCACCUUCAAAGCGGGCUGGGAUUGGCUGAUCCUUCUGGCUACAUUCUAUGUCGCUGUGACAGUGCCGUAUAACGUUUGUUUUAUUGGGGAUCAAGACUUGACACGUAGCACCACUGUCACUGACAUUGCCGUCGAGAUUCUUUUCAUCAUUGACAUCGUGUUCAGUUUCCGUACUACGUACGUGAGUAAGUCGGGGCAGGUGAUCUUCGAUGCGCGGCAGAUCUGCAUCCAUUACAUGACCACCUGGUUCAUCAUCGACCUGGUUGCCGCUCUGCCCUUUGAUCUCCUUUACGCCUUUAAAGUCAGCGUGGUGUCAGUGGUCCAUCUGCUAAAGACCGUACGCCUGCUGAGACUUCUGCGUCUGCUGCAGAAGAUGGACCGCUACUCCCAACACAGUACGGUGGUGCUGACCCUGCUCAUGUCCAUGUUUGCACUGCUGGCUCACUGGAUGGCCUGCAUCUGGUACAUCAUUGGCAAGAAGGAGGUGGAGAGCAACGCAGACACCUGGGAUAUUGGUUGGCUGCAUGAGCUCAGCAAGCGGUUGGAGUCUCCAUACGAGGGGGUGAGCAUGGAAGUGGUCAACAGAACGCUGAGCAGCGGACCGUCUCUUCGGAGCAUCUACAUCGCAGCGCUGUACUUCACCCUCAGCAGCCUGACCAGCGUGGGCUUCGGAAAUGUCUCUGCCAACACAGACGCAGAGAAGAUCUUCUCCAUCUGCACCAUGCUCAUCGGAGCGUUGAUGCACGCUCUGGUCUUUGGCAAUGUGACGGCCAUCAUCCAACGCAUGUACUCACGCUGGUCCUCUUACCACACACGCACUAAAGACCUGAAGGAUUUCAUCCGUGUGCACCACCUGCCCCAGAGCCUCAAACAGCGCAUGCUGGAGUACUUCCAGACCACCUGUUCUGUCAACAACGGUAUCGACUCCAAUGAGCUCUUGAAAGACUUUCCAGAUGAGCUACGUUCAGAUAUCGCGAUGCAUCUGAAUAAAGAGAUCCUAGAGCUGUCUGUCUUCUCCUCUCUGAGUCGUGGAUGUCUCCGCUCUCUCUCCCUGCACAUUAAGACAUCGUUUUGUGCGCCGGGCGAGUACCUUCUUCGUCAGGGAGAUGCUUUACAGGCCCUUUUCUUUGUCUGCUCCGGCUCCAUGGAAGUGCUGAAGGACAGCAUGGUGCUAGCCAUUCUUGGUAAAGGCGACCUGAUUGGUGCAAACAUGUCAGUUGAUGACCGUGUGAUAAAGACGAACGCUGACGUGAAGGCGCUGACGUACUGUGACCUGCAGUGCAUUAAUCUGAGGGGUCUGUAUGAGGUGCUCGACCUGUAUCCUGAAUACUCCCACCGUUUUGUGCAGGAUAUAACACAUGACCUCACCUACAACCUGAGAGAGGGACAAGAGAGCCAUGUCAUAUCCAGGAUGUCCAGUAAGUCAAUGGACACACAGAUGGAGGGCAGGGGAAAUGGAGACGUGAUCCAGUGCUAUUCACAAAUAGCCGAGCAUCAAGAUGAGGGAGAUGAUGAUGAUGAAGAUGAUCAGAUACAGUAUCUCAGCAGUGGAACCAAACAGAAAAUGCACAUGCAGAAAAACGAUCACCAAGCCAACAAAAAGCUUCACAUUCAGCAUACCACUGUCACAAAGCCUGACCUCGCAAAUCUCAGCCCAAGGGUCGUGGAUGGCACAGAGGACAGUGAUGGUACCGAAAAUUCACACACAUUCAUAUUUUCCUCUGGCCAUCAGCACACUGUUAGUGGUGCAACUAAUACCACUGCCACCACAGCAGAAUUAGCAGCUAAAUCAGAGGACACCAGAGGACAGCUACGCCACCUUAACCAAGAGGUGAGCUCUCUUGGACAGGAGGUGGCUGAGCUGGGACGAGUCAUGCGGAGUCUUGCCUUUCUCAUCGAAUCCAUGAUGGCCUCUCCUCAAACACCAGGUGUCUGUACAUCCACGUUUACCUCGGGACAUCCACCACCUUCUAUCAGCUUCCAGACCCAUGGUUCUUCCUGGACCAGCCCUCCUUUUCCCUCACCGAUGCACUCUGGAAUACGUCCGGGAGGACUUGUGUCCCAUCCGCUCAGACCACAAGAUCUGCGGCUGGUCUGCCCCACCACGUCUCCCAGUUCCUUUCCCGUCACACUUUCCUCCUCCUCCCAUACAGACAGAUUCAGAGAGCCGUUAUUGACCCUUUCUCCACACAGCGCAGUCGCUCGGACCCGCUCACAAAGCCUGGAGACGCCUCUUCCGCAACAUCACCAACACAUCUCACACACCCCUAGAACUUUACCCAGAGCUGGACAGCCAUCGCUGGGAGAAGGAGAGGAUCUCAGGUCCCUGGGUUUGUAGCAGUCAACUUUUAA